AUGAAGCUUUCCGAUUUUAAUAUAACGGAUAGGCUACAUAAUCGAUGGUGUCGAUUUAUUAUCCAGCGAUAUCUUGGACAAUUCCUGGAACAAAAUCUUACACUUGAUCAACUUUCAAUUGAGCUUUACGCAGGAAAGCUCACUAUUAAUGAAGUCAAGAUCAAUGCUCAUUAUGUAAAUGAGCUGCUGACGUCCAUGAAUGUGCCUUUAAGGCUUACCGAUGGUUUCGUUGGAGGAAUAACAAUUGAGGUCCCAUGGUUCUCAUUAGCUUCCGAAGCGAGCAAAAUGAAAGUUCAUCAGCUAGAAUUGACAUUUCAGUCAAGAGAAGGUGUGAAGCUCGACAACAAAGAUCUUGUUUCUUCAAUGAUAGGAAGUGUCGUAGAAUCGUUAGUGUCGUCGAGCGAUUUAGCGAGAAGUUUCUAUGAGAAUGAGAGGCAAGCGGGAGAAGAAGAGUUUGACACCGAAGCUAAAGAUGGGGUCAAAGCGUUCACAAAGGUGAUUGACGCCAUUGUAUCUCGUUUUUGCAUGGAACUCACCGAAACCACCAUUCGAUUGGAGAACCCACCGAAAUCCAUGUCCGAUUUGUGUACUGCCAUUGAAAUCCGUUUAAAAGAGGUAAGGUUCAUGGAUGAACAGAUGCGAAAUUGUCAACAAGAAGGAAGAAGCGCAGAGACGAUUACAAGUCAACCUCAAGGAAUGGGAAGUAUAGCAAAUCUCAACAAAUUUAUCGAUAUGUCAGGUGUUGAAAUAUUUACCGAUGUGUUUACGGAGAUUGAGGAUCAAUAUUCUGAUCCCAACUCUAGUCAAAUUGUUACGAGUAUGUACAUAAGACGUGAAAAACAAAAACAUAAAUCACCAACACUUUCUACUCAUGAAUCUGUAUCGGCGGAUCUUUUUACCUCUGCACUGUCUUCAUCUACUGCCAAUUUCCAGUCGUGCUAUUCUAACUUAAAUGCGGGCGAAACGUUGAAUCAGACAAUCGGGGAACAGUUUAGGGUUGCUAAGAUAGACAACGAUCGAGAGCUUAUGUCUAAUCCUGUGAAAUUCGCCGAGUUCGUUGGAGAGUCUCGUAUGAUUUUUCGUAUUAAAAAUUCGGACGCCAUAGCUGAUAAAAAAGAUAAUAGGGUCGAAAUCGAGUCCUUCUUUACGGGUUUGCAUUGUUUUCUCUUGCCUUCACAAAUUGAUAUUUUGAAAAGAUUUUUCUCAUCAAUUGCUCUACCCCAAACGGAGAAAUUGAAUGACUUUGGUAAGAAAAUGGAUAAGAGCGAUUACGACGCGAUGGCGAAAAAUAUAGAGGAGGAAACGUUCCAAAGAACACGGAUGACCACAUUAGGAAUGCAAGGGACAUGGAGCAGACGCGAGGAUUUUCAUGAGUUUGAUUCAAUUAAUCUCGAAGACAACCGAACAUCGAGAAAAUUGAGCGAGCCUUGCCGUGAAAACUACAAGACGAUUAAAUCUGAAAGCACCAAAAAGGAAAGUACGCUGUUGUGUGCAAAGAUUGGUACCGUACUUUUUUACAUUCCACACACUGACACCAUGUCUGCUGAAUUCGUGAAAUCACUAAGUAAUGGCUAUUAUGAGGCAAUCGACAAUGCUAUCGAGGAAUCUAAUGCAUUUUUCACUAAAGCGGCAAAGAUCUCAUUAAAACAUGGCAAUUUGCAUACAGCUAGAAAUAUGUUGGAUAAAUUAUAUGCUAAAGAUCAUUUAAGGCUUAUUGGAUCGUCGGUGGUUUUCCAUUACCAAAUGGAUAAAAGUGGUUCCGGUGAGCAUAUGAAAGCAAAACUAAUUUUUCCGAAUGUGGAUUUCAUCGAAUAUCUAACGCCAGAUUCAAACCCCUGUGAUCCUCAAAAUACGCACAUACCUCUUCUUGACUUCUCGAAGUUUGAAAAUCCUGAUCAGGAGCCGCAGUUGAAAUUUGUCUACAGCACUUCUUCUACUGUGGUUGAUGAGUCGAAGACUUUCAUUUAUAUUGGAAAUUGUCGCUGUGAGCUGGAUUUAAGUAUUGUGGAUCGCAUCGCUGACUUUUUUGAACCCAGACCAUUCUUCGAUCUUCCCUCUUAUAGACGUUCAAGGUUGGACAGCAUUGUGAGAAAAGAUCCCCUACAGCUCCGUGAGGAUUUGUUCAGCAUCCCUGUUGUUGAACAAUCGAGCAAAUUGAUGGUUGUAGUGAAAUGUCAAGCUCUUGAGCUAAAUCUAAGAGUUCCUGUGGCGGAUUUAAGAAAUCCUUGCGGUGCUAGAAUGCCGUAUCGACAACGACAUGUACAUCCAGAAUACAUUGGUUUGCACGUGAGUUCGGUGACCGUGGAGGUUCCUCUUGGUGGAGAGAGCACUGUCUUCGAACUAUUUGCUACCGAGAUUUACGGAAGCUUCUGUGGAAUUUCUGACAAAUUCUCAUGUUCCGAUGAAGAUCGCCGUUUUCUGUGGGGUGGACAAAUAUCGGUAGACGAGCCUGUUCACAUGAAAUUCGAGUACGAUCCACGGAAUAAAGCUCUGAAAGCAUCCGGUACGAAAAUUCACUGUGUGACCGGACUUGGUAUCAAUGACGAUAUGGCAAAGAGUAUUUCGUUAUCGGUCAUUCAGUCCCUACCUCAGAGAGAGGGACCAUUCGCGCAGACUCAUAGAUCAUUCCUGCAUAAUCAUGAAGAGGACAAUGAUUUAAUCCUGGCUGGAUCGCGUGAAGAAAUGACGUCGUUUGGAGCUAAAUGUGUGCUCCAAUCUGUUAUGGUGAUAUCGCUUGAUAUCCCGAUCCUUCGAGUUCUGAUACCAAAUCAUUCGUAUCUUGAAGUGUUAUAUAACAGACUGGUAAACGAUCUUCUUCUCUGGCAGCCAGCCGCUCCUGCUAUGAGGCCAGGAGAUGAAGAAUUUAAAAUUAACGCUCUUAGCGAUGAUAUGUUCCACGAAUGUGGUGGUGACCCUACGGAUCGGUAUGAAGAAGAGUGCGAAGAGGAGCGUUUUAGUACCUCCGUCCAAUCGAAUGGCUACGACAAGAAUAAGUCGCAUGUACUCAGUUUUCUGCUGAAUGUUAAAAAGGGAACGAUGGUUAUGUGCACUGCAGUGAAAGAGGAUUCCAAAGAAAAAGGAACUGGUCAAGUUUCUGUUGAACUCUCGGAUGCACAACUUUUUGCUGUUGGCGGAUAUCAUGGAAGAAUAACUGAUACUUAUUUCUAUUUCACCACUCAUACCGUUGGCGUUGGUCAUAGAAACGUUUGUACAAUGCCGAAGGUUGUGAACCAACCGGAUUUCGGAAAAUGGAGUCGCGAUGACACACAAAUGGAAUCUAUCCCGUCUGGAAGCGAAUUCAGUUCACAGUCCACUGAUGAUGCUGUUGGUAUUGCGAUAUUCCUGUGCGAGCGACCUGGACAAAACAUCAAGGAUGUGCUGUUGGCUAUAGCAAUGCGUAACAGCUGCUUACAAAUCCGCCCUUUCUCCAAAGUGGAGGAGACGUGGGUUCUACAAUUAGCAGAGCUUUUCACUCUACAGGAUUACCCUAUCCCUGGAUAUGAACUCCCUGUUGUUACGACGGACCUUCACAUUCAUUUGGACAACGUUGUUAUAGCCUAUGAUCACUCCUGGACAAAUCCUGAAAGCGAUAUUCGAUUAAGAUUGGUACUUGGAGAAAGCGAUAUCAGUAGCUCCAUUAUUCAGGAUAUGAACGUAGCUAAGGUUACCUGUAUUUUCGAAGGUGCUCGAGUUUUUAUGAGUAACGCGAAAAAGUUCAAAGAGAACGUCCGUUUUAAAGAGCAACGGUCAUCCGAGAACAUUACUGGUAGCUCUUCCUCCAUGAGGAAAUUCUUCCAAGUUGUUGAAGUUGGGCUUUUUCAACUCGAGUUACUAUCCUCAUUCAUCCCUACUAGGGAGGGUUCACCUCUUACUACUCCGCUUCUUGAAAUUCGCUGUCGAAACGAUAUAAUAAAGGCUUGGGCAUGCGCCGAUUCUCUCGUUGCACUACUAAACGUCGCUUCUGAGAUUGCACAAUCCGAGAAAUAUGUCGCUCUUCCUCAUAAGAAAACCUCCAGCGCUAGACAGUCCACUGAUACCUAUGAAAGCACUGUAUCUGUGGAGCACGACAGUCAAUCUUCAUCUAUCAACCAGUCAGCUGUCAGUAUUCCGAAACCAGUUGAGAUGAAGAUGAAGCGUUUAUUGGCAUCUGCUAUGCAAGAACGAACUACUAGUGGUCAUUCCGGUGCUAUUCCUUGUGGAAGAGAUGCGCUUGAAGAGUUCUCGCCAGACUUCUCGUCAAAUCAGGCGAAAACGGAUUUGCUUAUCGAUGCCUUAGGGGAUAUUUCACAGUCGGACCGCAAUCGAGCGUAUUCACUAUCAACCGAUGAUGAGUUUUGUAUGGUGGAUGAGGAUGUGAUAGGGAGCGGUAUCACCAAUUCUGCUGGUGAACCAAAUAUAAAAUAUAUUGGAUCUGAAGCGAAUAAAUCUGCAUGGAAUACUGCUCUAAACAUUGAUCCUCACCACUUUCGGGUUCCGAAUGACUGGCGCGGGGAUGGUUUGGCCGCGUUACCGGCUGACUUCCCAUCACCAUUAAUAAGGUAUUUGAUUCGUGACAUUUCCAUAAGCCUUCAUUUAUAUGGAGGAUCAGAUCUGAGUGAAGAUCCUCCAAAAGAACGAAGCUAUAGUACAAGUGAGUAUCGUGAGGGAAAGGGUAGAAAUCAAGUGGUCUUGCCUGAUGCUUUCGGAGGAAAACAUCGUGACCACUCUGUUUGUGUCGUCUUGGAGCUGAACAAGAUUUCUUGCGUUUACCAAUUGUUCAAUAAGGAUGCCCCACUAAUGUCGAUGAAACUGUUUACUAUCCAUAAUAUAACUCUGCUUGAUAAACUUACAGCUAGUCAAAUAAAGGAAAUGAUGUAUCAGUAUUCGUCCGCGGAGCAACCACGAAGAACGUGUGCACCCAUGUUAGCCGUACGGAUGGUCGAAUCUCAUAAAAGUGAAGGAAAAAUAAGGGUUUCGAUGCUUCCCAUAAAGUUCAACAUUGAUCAGGACACCAUGGAAUUUUUGGAUGAUUUCUUCCAAGAAGUUCGAGCAAGCGUAGAGUUGCCUAGUGAAGUGUCUGAUGCAAUUGCCAGUCGUCCUAUUCUGGAAGUACCUGCAACUGUGCAUUCAAGUGCUGAUGAACCUUCCAUGGAAUCCAGCCACAUCUAUCCUAGCCUAGAACGUGGCGUUUCAUUGAACAUGGACGUGUUGACGCCAGCAGCUGCACCAUCUCCAAUUUAUGAUCUUUCGUAUCUGGAACAUCGUAGCCAUACGGAAUCACCUGUCAAAAGACCUAUCGCAGAUGCUCCUCUGACAGCGUCGGCUGUUUCCAUUGGAGACCUUUUCGGGACGAAAAGUCGUGCUUCUCAGAGAAUAUCACCUGUGGAAGAAGCUUCAUCGCAAUCAAGUAGCCCGGAUCUCGUUCGUGCGGCGAUAUCCAUAGAAGAAGAGACGUCACCAUCUGAUGAUCUUCAUCUAGCAGGCGACUGGAGUUCUAGUAGUGAGAUUAGGUUUCCUGAUUUGGAUCCUCCUACCACUAGUGCAUCAAUCGAUAAAAUGCUGAUGGGUGCUUCCAUGCACGACUCGUUCCAUCCAGAUAUGGUUGUCCCGGAUGAGGACAUUAGCCCAUCAGCGUUACUAACCGAAGAGCUUGUCGAUACCAGUAGUGACAUUGCUGAAUGCUCCAAUGAUGCUGAUAGGUCCACGAUCUGUGAUGAAGAGGCAUCAACACAAAUGGCAGGUUCGUCUUUUGAGCGUCAGUACACCCCCGAACCUCAGGAGACAACCCGUGGUAGCACAUUUUUCAAAGAAUUCAUUUUCUCACCACCUGUAUCAAUCUACGUUGAUUAUCAUGGAAAAAACAAAAUAAAUGUGGAGAAGAAUGGACCAGUUCUCGGUGUUUUAACCGGGAUUGGACAACUCAAUCGUACAGAAUUUGUCCUCAAAGAGAUAGUUAAUCGGAAUGGUCUUCUAGGAGUUGGACGUUGCGUUAAUGUUGCUGUGGAUGAAUGGAUUGCCGAUAUCCGAUCUAAUCUUCCAAAUGUUCUGGCCAGUUGUGGACCAAUAAGUCCUUUUGUACAGAUUGGGAAAGGAGUGAUGGAUCUUUUCUGGCUUCCUGUUGCCGAACUACGGAAAGAGGAUGGGCAUGUAGUGAAAGGAAUUCAGAAAGGUGUUGGGUCAUUCGGUCUGUCAUCCGCAGCUGGUGUUGUCGGAAUGGCUCAAACGGUUGUUGGUGUAAUUCAGAUGCUUGCUGAGUCAGUACUUCGUGAAGUUCAACCAUCUGCGCCUUAUCUGAACGAAAGGAAUCGUCGAGCCGUUGCUGCCAGAGCAGCUGCGCCAACUGAUCUUCGUCACGGAAUGCAACUUGCAUAUGAUAUUGCAUCAGAUGGUUAUCGACAAGCACGUGACGAUUUGGAAUUAGCAGCGCAAGAGGAUCGUGCUUCCGGACAGUCCUCUUUCCGUAGUGUUCUCAAAGUAGCUCCAAAGACUUUCAUACGACCACUUGUUGUGAGCAGUCAAAUUGGUUACCAAUUAUUGGGAGGACUUCGCGCCCAAUUGAGGCCCGACGUCUAUCAAGAUGAACGCCAUAAAUGGAAAGACGAAGAGGUCCCCGGUGGUAGCGGACAACAUUGA